UGUGAAAAGCUUGUACAAGAAAAUGAGAAUCUUAAGAUCAAAGUGCACGAAUUAGAAAGGAUGGUUAAUGAACUUAAAUCGAACUAUUCCGACAUCACCGAUUCCGAUGCAGUCAGAGGCCUACUGCUUUCUUUAGAGACUGAAAGGCAGACAGAAAAAAGUAAAUUUACGAAAGAGCUUCAAGAAAAUCACAGAGAGAUAUCCAGAUUAUUGUCUCAAAUUGAGACAAUGGCUUCUACUGAACGAACGUUGCGAAUUCGUCUGGAUAAGCUUACUAAGGAGAUUGUCCUAUAUAAAAAAAAAUACCUUGACAGAUCAAAAAUACAACCAGAAACUGAUCAAAGAAAGUUUUGGGGAUUUCUUAAUGGGCGUGUUGAUCGCCCUACAAAUAGGAACCAACGAUCAUCAAGUUCUGCAUCAGCGUUCAAUACCGAGAUUCCUACUAAGCGUAAGUCACGAAUAGAUCGCGACACCAGUUGCCUUAGCUGUGAAGAUGGUUCACGAGUUGUAAAUAAAUUAAAAUCAGAUGCUCCAUCAUUUAUCAGAAAGCCUAGAAUUAGAACUUUGUCAUUGGAUCGAGCUUUUGUUGGAUCCAAUUAUUUUCGGAAAUUUAAUCCGACUGCCUACAUAAUAGAGCAACAAAAAAAGCGCCUGGAAAUUGAAGAAAAAAGAGCUCUUGAGCGUCGCGCUCUUCUAUUAAAUGAUAAUAGAUCAUCCAGCAUUGAUUCUGUCAGCAGCCUGAGACGGCAACCAUUUGUUCCAGAGUCUCUUAUUCGAAACCGUUCAGCAUCGCCAGAAAGCCGUCGUUACACUGGACGUAGAAACAGAUCUAACAAUAUACAGAGACCGGGCACUUAUUCCUCUGAUAGAGAAUCUUCAAAUCAAGUUUCUGUAGCCUCAUGUUCCUCCCCACAUUAUGCUCCAUCAAAGUUUGGAAAUCGAGUAAGCAAUUAA